CAAGCGCCCCCCCUGGACAAAAAAAACAUUUAGUGAGUGACAAACAUUAGACAGAAGCAGAGCCGACCAGCGCAAAACUAAUAAGGAAGUACAGUUUUUCAGGUAUGAAAUAUGGAGCGUAAGCUGUCUGAGUUCAGAGCCCGAAAGAAAGCCCAGACUGAAGCUAAGGAACCUGCUGAUCGUGUGAUCCAGACUGAAACGAAAGCAAUGAGCAAUGAUUCUCCAGCAGUGUGUACUGACACACCAGAACAGAAGCCCAACACCUGCCUUCAGAGUCCACACACAGAGGAUCACAAUCAUCAUCUGCUGAAUACUACAUGUGGUCGAUGGCUUCAGAGUGUGGCUCUUACACAUCUGAGCCUGCUGAAAGUGCUGCUGUGGCUCGUGCUGCUGGGGCUUUUUUCAGAACUUGAGUUUGGCCUGCCAUUUUUUCUCAUAUCGUUAUUCUACUGGCUCUAUGAGGGCCUUCGAAGCCCAAGAGCCCGACAACCUGGAGAAAUGAGCGCGUAUUCUGUGUUUAACCCUGAUUGUCAACCCAUCCUGGGAACUUUAACAGCCGAACAGCUGGAAGGGGAGAUGGGAUACAGGCCAGUGGUCAAUAGAUGAACGUGUUUGAUAGGAAGCAAACCUUGCUUAAUAAGUAAAAGUCUAAAUGUGGAUGUGUAAAGUGCACUUUGGAAACUUGUUUGCAUUAUAUUAAUGUAUCCUAGAAUCUUCUUAAAUGAUUUACUUGUAUUUACAUUAAUAAAAUGCUUUAUUUGAUUAAUAUAUAUACACACAUAUAUGCUUCCUUGUGAGGGGAGUGUGGAUAAAUAAAUUACAGUUUAUUCCCAUCAUGCAUCCAACAAAUUAGAAUGAGUCACAUAAUUUUAGUCAACACUCCGCUAUAGGCUCUCUUAUCCAAACUAAUUCAUUCAGCUGAAAUGUAUUACUAAGAGACAGGAUUUCCUCUUGGAUUCACUUACAAAAAGAUAAACUUUCAAUAAAAGGUCAGAAAUGAGACUCAAUUUGAUAUUAGCUGGAUUACUAUCACGCCACAGCUUCGUCAAGGAUGACUAUAAAAUGAGUAGGCCUGCUGUAACCCAUUUGAAUCCCUCUUUCUGUCAAGACUGCAUUUAUUUGAAUUCAUUUCUACAAAAGGAUUCACAGUUGCAUGUGACUGCAUGUUUU